GUAGUUAUUAAUAGUAACUUCUAUAGCACCUAAUCUCUUGCUUCAUUGCAAGAAACACAAACAAAAGGAAAGGGAUAGAAAAAGUAAGAUGUCAUGCCAUUAGAGGGUGAUUGAAGAAAAUCCACUGUCCAUUUCUGCAAAGCUAUCAUGUCUUUCCAAUUUGUAAAUCAAGGAUGGGGGAUCAUUUUGUGUUCCUGGUGGAUCGGUUGCUAACUGAAUCCACCCUUGAAGCUACUAUUGAGAGUCAAAACCGAUUGCGGCAAACCAUGCCUUCAGCAAGUAAAGAAAAUACAAAAGAAUUUUCACCACGUUGGAUGGAUUUAGAAUUGACUUCAUUAGCAGGAACAUCAGUAGAGUGUAGGAUUUGCCAUGAGGAGGAGGAUGACAUGAACAUGGAGAUGCCGUGUUCUUGCCGGGGCAGUUUGAAGUAUGCUCAUCGAAAAUGUGUUCAGAGGUGGUGCAAUGAGAAGGGUAACACUAUCUGUGAGAUCUGCCAUAAGCAAUUUGAGCCUGGUUAUACAGCACCGCCCCCUUUGUUUUGUUAUGGUGCUAUUCCAAUGAACUUCAGAGGAAACUGGGAGAUACCCAGAAGGGACCUGCACAAUCCUCCAUCCAUAGCUAUGGUUACUACUGACCAUGAAUUUUUGGACUCUGACUUUGAUGAGCAUUCAGCACCCUCUCCUAGGAGUGUGAUGUGCUGCCGAAUAAUUGCUAUUAUAUUUAUGGUUCUGUUGGUUUUACGUCAUACUCUUGCCAUCCUAAUUAGUGGAGCUGGAGAUUACUCGAUGACAUUGUUUAUGUUACUGAUAUUGAGAACAGUUGGGAUUCUUCUGCCUGUUUAUGUCAUGGUCAGAGCAUUUACUGCUAUUCAACAUCGGGGUCGGCAGCAGGAUCCUCAUUUUCCCCUUGCUGAAUCAGAUGAGGAAAAUGAGUUGCCGCAACUUCAGACUCAUUCGCACAUUGUUCAUAUUCAGUGAUCAUUGCAGCCACCUUAAACAUAAAAGGAUUGCAAAUGUACAGAAGAGCAAGUCAAAAGUGUAGUGUCUAAAUUUCAAUGAUGCUGUGUUGAAGUUUGUAGCAUCACAGUAGAGACAAUCAACUGCUUUGCUUUUUGUGUGUGUGUGUGUGUGUUGGUUCACAUCAAAUCCUCAGGCAUUCGUCAUUCCAAUCAAAAUGAAUAGAAUUCAGAGCUAGGAAAACCAUGUACACCUACAUUGGUAUUAAACAGCUAUUUUCACUGCUGCUUACCAGAUACGGAAUCCAGAAACAAGAGUUGAAAAGGGUGUCUGGUAUCUAAAAAGUAGAGUUAGUGCUAGCAAAUACCAUGUUCCUUGAUGUGAGAAUUGUGAUCCUUGUUUCUGAAAGAAAAUGUGAGGUGUUAAUAGCCUUGCACUAUUUUA